UCGUUAUGCUUGACUUUUGGGGUGUUCUAAAAUUGGUGGUGAUAAUGCUUGUUAGUGCUUCAGUCUUUUCUUGAUUUUCGUUUAAAGAUUUGAGCCUUUCCUACGAAUAUCGUUUGAUCUUCCGCAUCAUUCAGAUCAGAGAUGAAGAUUGUCUCAGAGAGAGAGAGAGAGAGAGAGCUGUGAUGGAUCCAGCACAUAACACAAGCGCAGCAGAGAUUGGUGGGAGCAAUGGUAAUGCAACUGUGUCUGACGAUUCAAAGGAGAGCCUGGACCAAGUCAUCAACUCUAUUAACAAGAGUUUGGUCGUCCUUCACCAGUUACACCUUUCCCUCUCUUCUUCUUUGACUCCCUCUUCUCAGCUUCAUCUCCUCCCCCGCCUAAACUCUCUUGUAUCAGAGCUGAAUAGCAUCUCUAAGUUGUCUGAGAAAUGCAAUAUUCAAAUCCCCAUGGAGGUUCUUAGCUUGAUUGAUGAUGGGAAGAACCCUGACGAGUUUGCAAGGGAUGUUCUCAAUAGCUGUGUUGCCAGAAAUCAAGCUACAAAGGGCAAGACUGACGCUUUCAAGGAAUUGAGAAAACAUAUACUGGAGGAGCUUGAGGAGACAUUCCCUGAUGAAGUUGACAAGUAUAGAGAAAUCCGUGCUACUUCUGCUGCUGAAGCCAAACGUCUGGCCCAAUCGCAAACUGUGUUACCAAAUGGGGAUGCCAAGGUCAAGAGCGAGCUAUAAUAAGAGCCCAAUCUUGCCCUGUAGAAUAAAACGAACAAGACCGUUGCAAUUUCUAUACUAUCUAUUUCUUUGUUUCAAGUCUUUUCUCACCUGCAACUUCAUCUAUAUGUAAAUCUACCCUCCAAAAAAUGCAAUUACUUGUCCUUAUCAAUGUCCGUGGAGAGUCUUAACCAAUCAAACAACAUAAUCAGGAAGCGUAGAAGAAUAAUGCUAGAGACAGAAGAGGUUGGCAUCUCAGUUGUUGAAACUCUGCGUCAGCAAAGCCAAACUUUCCUUCACGCUCACACCAAGGUACAAUGAAAAGGAAUUUACAAUUUAAGUUUCUCCUGUUUGGUUUUCUUCU